CAUCAUGGGACUGUAUGCAAAUGAUGCACACAUGCAUAUGCAUGAGGGCACGUGAAGGAGGUGUAGCUGGAUUAAACGUGCUGGACACAUUGAUCAAAAUGGACAUUGGUCUUGCAGUGAGCAACAAGAUGAACUACUCAGAGAUCGAGCAUGGACCUAUGGCCGUCUACUGCCGCGGGCUCAAGAAAAGUGUGGGCUUUGGCAAGAGCAAGCUACAUGUCCUGUGUGGCCUCAAUAUGUCGGUGCCGCAUGGCUCCAUAUACGGCCUGCUUGGUGCCAGCGGAUGUGGGAAGACAACUCUCCUCAAGUGUAUCAUAGGACGGCUCAAGCUCAACGGUGGCCUCAUUCUGACGCUAGGGAAGGAGCCGGGGUCAAUAGGUCAUGGUGUCCCGGGGCGGAGGGUAGGGUACAUGCCACAGGAACUCGCUGUUUUUAUGAACUUCACCAUAGCAGAGACGUUUUAUUUUUUUGGCCGCUUGCACGGGAUGAAGAAAUCAGCCAUUGAGUCACGGACCAAUUUCUUGAUCGGGUUCUUAAACCUGCCUGAACACGACCGUCGCAUUGGCUGGCUCAGUGGAGGCCAACAAAGACGAGUCUCACUGGCCGCCGCCCUACUCCAGGAACCAGAACUCUUGAUUCUUGACGAGCCCACAGUGGGGGUGGAUCCAGUGCUGAGGGAGAGAAUCUGGGGACACUUGUUUGAAAUCGCCAAGAGCAGUUUAAAAACUACAAUAAUCAUCACGACACAUUACAUAGAGGAGGCAGCCGAAGCAGACAGGGUUGGUCUAAUGAGAGGUGGGCGGCUGUUGGCAGAAGAUAAACCGGAAGUGCUAAUGACCAAAUAUGACCUGCUGAGUCUGGAGGCUGUGUUCCUACACCUAUGUCACCGUGACCGCUUGCCUAACAACGACGACAGUGAGUUGCUUCCCUCUGUAACAGAAGCUUUACCCUACCAACACGACCAGGAAGCGGAAGCUCUGUACAGAAAGUACCCAGAUGAAACGAAUGACCUUCACCUUCUCGGUGCCAGACGAAAAAGGACGGAUUAUGGGACCGUUGUUGCUGGUCAGAAGACGUCGACCAGCAGAAUGGUAACAGCCAAGUCCCUCCUACCCAGCAAGAAAAACAUCAGUGCCGUGGCCAUCAAGAACCUCAUCUCUAUGAAAAGAAACCUGGUACUUUUGUCCUUUGAGUUCAUGGUGCCGGUAGUUCAAAUUAUUUUGUUCUGUGUCUGCAUUGGAGCCGAGCCCAGAGACCUGCGGGUCAGCAUUUGUAACGAGGACAUCGAUGAUCUGGGGAGUUUAUUUCUUGGUUUUCUAAACAACAAAACUAUAACCAAGGUGAUGAGGGACGACAUUGACUCGGCCGUUAUGGACGUCAAGAUGGGCAACAGCUGGUCAGCAAUGCACAUCAAGCAAAAUUUUUCGCUGGAUUUGAUCACUAGGUACGAUGAAGGUCUACACGCCAGCAACCAGACGAUAGAUGGCAGCACUGUCUGGCUCUACAUGGACAUGUCCAAUCAACAGAUUGCCUUCACCAUACAAUCCAGGGUCAUGCUGGCCUUCAGGGAUUUCUCGAGGAUGCUUCUAGAAUCUUUUGGGUACAACCCCAGCAUCGCUAGCAUACCUGUUGGGCUUGCCAAACCUGUGUACGGUUCAUUUAGCACAAGUUUCACAGAUUUCAUGGCUAUGGGGCUGAUAGUCAGUGCUACAUUUUUCCUGGCUUGUGGCCUCACAACGCUGGUCUUUGUUCUGGAACGAAAGGAAGGUUUGAUGGAGCGUAUGAUUGUGGCAGGCGUUGCACCCAUCGAGAUCAUGAUAUCCCAUGUACUGACACAGCUACUUGUGAUGUUUGGACAAGUUUUGCUCAUGUUCGCCAUUGCUCUCUUGGUCUUUAAUAUGACGCAUUUUGGGAAUAUAUUCUGCGCCAUUAGUCUGGUCAUACUGCAAGGUCUGUGUGGCAUGACUUUAGGCAUGGUUAUCUCCGCCUGUUGUACGUCAGAAAACACGGCCAUUCAAGCAACGUUGGGCAUUAUGUACCCGUCUUUAUUUCUUAGUGGAACCAUCUGGCCAAUCGAGGCUAUGCCCUUUUGGCUGAGAAAAAUUGCCCUCGGGCUCCCAAUGACGUACCCAACAUACGCAGUGCGGGCCAUCAUGGGGAGGGGGUGGGGCUUCGAUAUGACCCUCAUCUGGUCAAGCUUCUGCAUCACCAUCGCCUGGAUCAUCAUCAACUGCUCUGUGGCUGCCAUCAUCCUCAAGUUCAAGAAAGGCUAACGU